ACAGCGCUUGGAUCCUGGUGAGCUGUGGACGCCCCGGGACCAGGGACCAGCGUGCGGAGACUGCAAGAGCUCCUUGAGCCCACUGCCCGUGGCGCCCGCCCGCCACCAUGCCCUCCUACACAGUUACCGUGGCCACCGGCAGCCAGUGGUUCGCUGGCACUGAUGACUACAUCUACCUCAGCCUCGUGGGCUCCACCGGCUGCAGCGAGAAGCACCUACUGGACAAACCCUUCUACAACGACUUUGAGCGUGGCGCGGUUGAUUCUUAUGAUGUGACAGUGGAUGAAGAACUGGGUGACAUCCAGCUGGUCAAAAUUGAGAAGCGCAAGUACUGGCUUCAUGAUGACUGGUACCUGAAGUAUAUCACGCUGAAAACACCUUAUGGGGAUUACAUCGAGUUCCCCUGCUACCGCUGGAUUACUGGUGAGGGUGAGAUUGUCCUACGAGAUGGACGAGCAAAGUUGCCCCGUGAUGACCAAAUUCACAUUCUCAAGCAGCACAGACGUAAAGAACUAGAAACACGGCAGAAACAGUACAGAUGGAUGGAAUGGAACCCUGGAUUCCCCUUGAGUAUUGAUGCCAAAAGCCACAAGGAUUUACCUCGUGAUAUCCAGUUUGAUAGUGAGAAAGGAGUGGACUUUGUUCUGAACUACUCUAAAGCAAUGGAGAACCUGUUUAUCAACCGCUUCAUGCACAUGUUCCAAUCUUCCUGGAGUGACUUUGCUGACUUUGAAAAAAUCUUCGUCAAGAUCAGCAACACUAUUUCUGAGAGGGUCAUGAAUCACUGGCAGGAAGACCUCAUGUUUGGUUACCAGUUCCUGAACGGCUGCAACCCCGUGUUGAUCCAGCGCUGCACAAAGCUGCCCGAGAAGCUCCCAGUGACUACAGAGAUGGUGGAGUGCAGCCUGGAGCGGCAGCUCACCUUGGAGCAGGAGGUCAAGCAAGGGAACAUCUUCAUUGUGGACUUCAAGCUACUAGAUGGCAUUGAUGCCAACAAAACAGACCCCUGCACUCUGCAGUUCCUAGCUGCACCCAUCUGCUUGCUGUACAAGAACCUGGCCAACAAGAUUGUCCCCAUUGCCAUCCAGCUCAACCAAGUCCCAGGAGAUGAAAACCCCAUUUUUCUUCCUUCGGAUGCAAAAUAUGACUGGCUUCUGGCCAAAAUCUGGGUGCGCUCCAGUGACUUCCACGUCCACCAGACUAUCACCCACCUUCUGCGCACACAUCUGGUGUCUGAAGUUUUCGGCAUCGCCAUGUACCGCCAGCUGCCUGCUGUGCACCCCAUUUUUAAGCUCCUGGUGGCACAUGUGAGAUUCACCAUCGCUAUCAACACCAAGGCUCGAGAGCAACUCAUCUGCGAGUAUGGCCUCUUUGACAAGGCCAAUGCCACAGGGGGUGGUGGUCAUGUGCAGAUGGUGCAGAGGGCCAUGGAGGACCUGACAUAUACCUCCCUGUGCUUCCCGGAGGCCAUCAAGGCCCGGGGCAUGGAGAGCACUGAGAACAUUCCCUACUACUUCUACCGGGACGACGGGCUCCUGGUGUGGGAGGCCAUCAAGACGUUUGUAGCUGAUGUGGUUGGCAUCUACUAUGAGAGUGACCAGGUGGUGGUGGAGGACCAGGAGUUGCAGGACUUCGUGAAGGAUGUUUAUGUGUAUGGCAUGCGGGGCAAGAAGGCUUCAGGCUUCCCCAAGUCCAUCAAGACCAGGGAGAAGCUAUCUGAGUACCUCACCGUGGUGAUCUUCACAGCCUCAGCCCAGCAUGCAGCAGUGAACUUUGGCCAGUACGACUGGUGUUCCUGGAUUCCCAAUGCCCCUCCAACCAUGCGGGCCCCACCACCCACAGCAAAGGGUGUAGUCACCAUCGAGCAGAUCGUGGACACACUGCCAGACCGAGGCCGCUCCUGCUGGCAUCUGGGUGCAGUGUGGGCAUUGAGCCAGUUCCAGGAGAAUGAGCUAUUCCUGGGCAUGUACCCAGAGGAGCAUUUCAUUGAAAAACCUGUAAAGGAAGCCAUGGCCCAAUUCCGCAAGAACCUCGACACCAUCGUCAGCAUGAUUGCUGAGCGCAACAAGAAUAAGAAGCUGCCAUAUUACUACUUGUCUCCAGACCGGAUUCCCAACAGCGUGGCCAUAUGAGUGGCUGCCUGAGCCAGUCUCACCCCAGGAUGGCCACCUAGGUUCCAGCCUAUCCAGGUGGGGAGGCUCACAAGGCAGUCCUGGGGCAGGCCUUCUGGCCUUUCUCUUCUGGAAUUCUGCCCUCAGGCCCCAGGCUGACUGGCUUCAAACCAAAGGCUGCCCCAGGAUGGGCCACAUUAUAGCUAAGCUUCAGUGCAUCUUCCUUUUUUAUUCUUCAUUCUUGAGUGAACCCCAUACUUGGAUCCAAGUGUGAAAACACUGCUGGGCCCCUCCUACAAAGAAUGGGAUAGUGCAGCUUCCUGCCCUUCACCUAGCUCAGCACUUCCACACCAGCAAAUCAGGAUAACUGAUAGAUGUUUCUUCUUGUUGGAGACAUAGGAUGAUUAUUUUGUUUUAUUUAUGCUUAGUUUAAUUUCUUGUGCAUAGUAAAUGCCCAAAUAAAGUCCUGUUAAGUGAAUUAAGAA